AUGGAGGACGAGAUUAGGAUCGAAAACGAUCGGAGCUCCGGAGAUCCGAGCAACGAGGCUUCUUUAAAAGGUGAAGGGAUGUGGACGAAGCUUGUCUCUGAUCCCACGACGAGUAGCUUUCUGAAACAGCCUGAUUACGUGAAGAUGAUGGAGGAGAUUCAUAAGAACCCUAGCGGUAAUCUCAAUUCUUACGUGAAGGAUCAGAGAGUGAUGAAAUCUGUUGGAGUUGUGUUGAAUCUUAAUCUCAGAGGAGACAAGUCUGAGGUUGAAAAGAAACAAGAGAUGAAGGAGAGAGACGAAUCGGAGAAAGAGUUAGGGAACGCUGCGUUCAAGAAGAGACACUUCGAAGCUGCGAUUCAGCAUUACUCUAAUGCCAUGGAGUUUGAUGAUGAAGACAUCUCAUGUAUCACGAACAGUGCGGAUGUUUAUCUUCAAAUGGAAAAGUACAAAGAGUGGAUAGAGGAUUGUAACAAGGCGGUUAAGAGAGGUAGAGAGCUUGGAUCAGAUUGCGAGAUGGUAGCUAGAGCUUUGACUAGAAAGGGAACUGUUUUUGUCAAAAUGGCGAAAAGCUCUAAAGACUAUGAACCUGCUAUUGAAGCUUAUCAAAGAGCUCUUACAGUGCAUCGUAAUCAUGAAACGUUGAGGAAGCUGCACCAAGCUGAAAGAGCAAAGAAAGAAUGGGAGAGGCAGGAGUAUAUUGAUCCCAAGAUUGGUGAUGAAGAGCGUGAGAAAGGUUAUUUCUUUUGCAAACUAGUCUUGUGUUGUGGAAGGUAUGCUAACAGACGGAUAGUGGAGCUCGAGAUUGCUGCUAAGGAGCAAAUGAAAAUCACAGAGCUCCGGAUGGCAAAGCUCUUCUCCGAGAAGGCUAAAGUUGUUUCACAAACUGAGUCCACAAAACCUCAAGAAGAUCGUUUGAGAAUCAUAGGAGGGCAUUUGAAUGUUGCAGAAGCUGCUCCCAAGAGAAGUAGGCCACCCAUCACCACUCAUGUCUUAGACGUCUCACGUGGUGCUCCAGCUGUAGGUGUUGAAGUGCAUUUGGAAGUGUGGAAUGGUACUACCAGUCCUUCCUUUGGCUAUGGAGGUCGUGGUGGGGACUACUGGUCCAUGGUGGGUACUUCAGCUACUGAUAAAGAUGGGCGUAGUGGGCAACUGAUGGAUUUGGUCGAGGCGUUGAAACCAGGGAUGUAUAGAAUAAGCUUCAACACUGGAAAGUAUUGCCCAGGAGGCUUCUUCCCUUAUGUUUCCAUUGCAUUUGAGGUCACAGAAUCUCAGAAAUGGGAGCAUUUCCACGCCCGCUGUUACUUUCACCAUUUUCUUUCACCACAUACCGUGGGAGCUAGAGCUGCUGCUGCACAGUCUUCAAUACAUUUGGUGGUUUACUGUUAUGUAUCAAAAUUGCUAUAA